AUGGUCCUAAAGAAUCUAUGGAAAUUGAGAAUGCGCCCUCGUAGAUCAGUCAGAGUAGGACGUGGUCGAGGUAGGGGAAGAGCAGCAGUGAAUGCAGCACAGCCCAAACCGCCACAAGGAUGGGAGGAACGUUUUGUGAGAAUGGAAGAGACCAUUCAAAGACAGAACACAGAGAUCAAUCAAUUGAGGUUCCAAAAGCAACACCCGUCAGUGUUUGAAGGUAGCAUCGAUCUGGUCCAGGCAGAGGAGUGGAUCAGUGGGAUGGAGAGGAUCUUGAACAUGAUGGGAGUUCAAGGCAAUGAACGAGUGGUGUGCGCAUCUUUCAUGCUGAGAAAAGAUGCUAGGAUUUGGUGGGAGGUAGUGGAACAAUCACGGGCUGUUAACACUAUGGAUUGGGAUGGAUUCAAACAGAAGUUCGAUCGGUUGGCGAUGUUUGCCAAGGAUCUUGUACCUAAUGACAAGAAAGAUAAUGUUGCUAGAAGGGAUGCCAAGAAGAGUGGGACAACCACCUCUAAUGACAACAGGAAAAAGGGACAGGAGCAGCCAAGCCAAGCCGGAAAUGAUAAACGGCCCAAGCCCAACAAUGACAACCAUCCUGAUGGAAAUGGUGGCAGAAACAUUCCACCUUGCCCUAAGUGCACAAAACACCAUUCUAGUGAGUGCAGAGCUGGAGUUUGCUACAAAUGUGGGAAGGAAGGUCACAUGAAGCGCAAUUGUCCGACAUGGGAACAAUCUGGCAAUAAGGAAGAACAGAAGAAGAAUGACAAGUACGACCCAACUAGAGUCUUCACUAUCACCCAAGCUGAAGCUGAGGCAAGCCCUUUCGUCGUAACAGAUCAGAUCCCUAUGGCCAAUACCACAUACCUGAUUGUAUUAGAUUUAUCUGAUUUUGAUGUAAUUCUGGGGAUGGAUUUUCUUUCCAAAUACGGAGCAUCUAUCAACUGCAAAUGCAAGAAAGUGGUAUUUGCACCGGAAGGCAGAGAUCCGUUUGAGUUCGAAGGCAUAAGCAAGAAACCCAUAACUCAUAUCAUAUCAGCGAUCAAAGCCAGAGAAAUGUUGCAACACGUAUGUUUGGGGUAUCUCGUGAAUAUGGUCAAUGCAGCCGAAGAGAUAGAAAGGAGACCUGAAGAGACAAGAGUUAUAGCUGAGUUCCUCGAUGUCUUUCCAGAAGAACUGCCAGGUUUACCUCCGCACAGGGAGAUAGAAUUUGGGACCAAGGUGUUUUCAAAAAUCGAUCUUCGGCCGAGAUACCAUCAGUUGAGGAUCAAGAAUGAUGGUAUACCGAAGACAGCCUUCAGAACCAGGUAUGGGAAUUACAAAUUUUUGGUGAUGUCGUUUGGACUCACAAAUGCCCCAGCAGCUUUUAUGGACCUCAUGAACAUGGUUUUCAAGGAGUACUUGGAUCCAUUUAUCAUUGUGUUCAUAGAUGAUAUAUUGGUCUACUCCAAGACAGAAGAAGAACAUGAGGAGCAUUUACAUCUGACCUUUCAACGAUUGAGAAAGCAUCAGCUGUAUGCCAAAUACAAGAAGUGUGAGUUAUGGUUAUAUGAGGUUGGUUUUUUAGGUCAUAUUGUCACUAAUGGAGGAGUGGAAGUAGAUCCUACAAAGAUUGUUGCAGUGAAAGAAUGGUCAAGACCAAAGAAUGCCUUGAAAGCCAGAAGUUUUAUGGGUUUGGCGGGUUAUUACAAGAGGUUUGUUGAAGGAUUUUCGAAGAUAGCCGCACCAAUGACAGAAUUGAUAAGAAAGAAUCUGAAGUUCACCUGGUUAGAUAAAUGCUAG